UUGCAUACAGGAUACGAGGCCCACAGCUGUUGACUAUACCGCGUAUAUGCGUUGGUAUUGGGGUAUCACACGUAGAUGGAUCACGCGUGACCCACAACCCUUAGCUGGACACAUGCCACGCCCACCGACAGAUAGUUACAUCCCUAGUGGGAUGAACGAGAGAGAUUACGUCCGUGUUUUAGAUAGCAUUGAUGCUGAUAUUGAUGCGCACGUGACUGAGAUUCAGGAUCAGGUGGCGUUAGGUCUCCUCAGCAGGAUCAAGAAGAGCAUAGCGCAGGUGUUCCAUAAGACUCACGUCGACGAGUUCGCAGGCCGUGAGGACAGGUCUCGCUCAUUUGGACGGGCGUACGCUCGACGUCGACGGCCGCGUGAUGAUGACGCCGGCACUUCGCAUGCCGAUGGAGCCGGCACUUCAUAA